AUGAGUCAAACAAAUAAAUCUGGACCAAAGAGUCCAUCUCCAUCUUCUUCUGACACGUCCACUGCAGCUACUACCGAUACCUCGACUAAUGCUACUAAUUUGGCCUUUCAAGCAAGUGUGGAAGCGAGUGUCAACAAACAGUUACAGGCCUUCCAAGAACAGAUGAUGGAAAUGUUCAAUCAAUUUGCUAGUCGAUAUGAACAGCAAACAGCACAGGGUAUCAAUCAAACCCGUGAACAGGAAGCUCGUGACUUUCAAAAAUUUAAUUCUGCUGGCAUGAAGUUGGAAUCUCAUGUCCAGGAGGUUGAACAAGAAACUCACGAAUUGGAAAAGGAAGUCGGAGCUUUUGAAGAAGCUUAUAACAAGCGUGUCCGUUUUGAAGACGAACGUUUUCAACAGGCUUCUAAUGUUAUGGCUCAAGCUCAGGACAAGGAAUCGGACCUUCAAGAGCAGAUUAUUGCUUUAAGGGACCAAAUGGCUGAGUUAAGUUCUAAUCAACUGGCUACUCUGGCCAAUGUUCCUAAACCAGUUUUCGUUACUACUGAUGACAUUGCCAUACAGAUUAAACGUAUUUUUCCACUGGCUGAUUUGACUAAUACUGAUUGGGAACAAACCACCAACAAAUUUCCAACCUUUAUGGAAGCCUAUGUUAUUGAUUCAUCCGAUGAUGACACUAUGGUUACUAAAAUCCACCAGAUUCAAAAUUAUUUCCAUGGUAAUAAAUUAAAUAAGUCAGCUUGGCCUUAUGCUGCACAGCCUUAUUUGCGGGGUGACUUAGCUAACGGUUAUCGCUAUGCCCAGUUGAAUCCUCUCAAUGCUAAUUUCCAAUGGAUCGACAUUUUGAAUGUAAUUAGGGAAAGUCGUAAUUGGGAUAUUUACAAUAUCCAAAGCACUGUUAAAUACCAAUUGUAUGUUCCACAACCUGGUCAACGUGUUACCGAGUACGUCCAACAAUUUAGAAAUCUUGCCAGUAGUACAACAAGCUUUAAGAACCAAUUUUAUGAUGUCAAAGCUACCUUGUUAGGUCACUUAUCCAAAUAUUUCCAGUCUGAUAUCAUCCGUCACAACUUAACCACUAUCAACAACGCCCAAACCUUUUUCACCACCGUUAACCUGAUCUUUAUUGGUGUUCAUUUUCCAGCUACAUCAUCAUCUGACAAUUCUGUGGCCCAAAUUGAAACCAACACAGACGGAAAUAUGGAUGUGAAUUACCUUAACAAAUUUUCAAAGAAACCCGGUAACUAUAGGUACAACAAUAACUCAAACUUUAAAGGAAAACAACAGUAUCAGGGAAAUUUCACACCCAACGGAUAUAAGUCGAAUAGCAACAAUUAUAAUAAGAGCAACAAGGAUUAUCAGGGUUACAAACGUGAUAAUAAUAGUCGUCGUUUCAAAAAAAUUUAUGAAGUAAUCCUUUCUGAGAAUGAAUCCGACACGUCUGACAUUGAUGCUAAUCUUUCUGAGCUUUCUUCUCCAGCUGAAAACAACAAUGACGUCAAUGAGAUUGCUGAGCUCGACAUCGAUGAUUUUGAUUUCAUUGCGAAGCAUCGCUUAUGUAUUUAUUUUAGAUAUGGGUCGUUCAAAUCUUAA